AUGGAGUGUAUAAAAAAUUGCUGCAAGAACUUCAUGAGGAAAAAAGACAGCGAGCAGGAGAUUCAAGGUAAAGUGGCAUCCUGCCCAGGGCUGGGACUGACAUCUCUGAGAGAAUGUUCCUGUGUCCGACUGAGUGAUUUCCUCUGCUUUAAAGUGAUCAGGAUGAAGAUGCCCCCCGAAGCCGAAGCCACUUUCAGAGACAAACCGGUUGAAAGAGGGAGGGGGGACAAAGAAGACUACAUAACUUCCAAGCUACCCCUGGACGGCAGAGAGGUGCCGUUUGUUCUGCCCACCUUCAAGCCUUCCUACGUCCAACCCAACGUCGAUAACUUCACUAAUUUAAAGCCCGGGCCACAGGCCAGGUCCACAUAUGCAGAGAGGAAAGCAGAGCUGCAGGGCACCCCUCACUUUGGCUACUGCCAAGAGUCCACUUUCCAUCAAAGACUCACGUCAGCAAACGUCUCCCCCAGCUCCACACACCACUACAAGAGCAGAAACUCCAGUUCUGGAAGCACAGGUGCCAAUCUGAAGCUGGGACGCCACCAGCGUCUGAGCAGCUCCAUGCUUGAUCUGCCUCACAAUCACGCGCAGGGCUAUGACUCCAUGUCCAGCACCUUCAGCAGUGUAUCCUCAAGAUUAAACUCCAUUGAAAGCAGUCUAGACUCGAUCACCUUGUCUGGGGACGAGCAAGACUUGGGAAAGGUGUGUGUCCGGCUUAACUAUAAGGAGGCCCUGGAGCAGGUGUGGAUCACCCUGGUUCAGUGUUCCGACCUCAAUCUUCAACAUGAUGGAGCAGAGCAACAAAGGAUUGGUUUCAAAGCGAUCAUCACCACCUCCAAGCCCAUAGAAUUCAAGAGCUCAGUCAGAGAAUUCUCAGAGGAUGUGGCCUUCAUGGAGACCUUUGUGUUUGCGCUGCGUCUCCAGCAGUUGCGCUCCAGCUCCCUGGUGCUGCGGCUGCAAACGCACAAGCCCAAGAAAUGUACGGUGGCAGAGUGUGUCCUCUCCCUGCAACAGCUUGGCCCAGAGGAGUCCGAGCACUGGCUUGACCUCAACUCUCCGUCCAAAUCAUCUGUUUGCCAGUCUGAGCUACAUCUUGGCACCUGCUUUCAAGCGGUAAACGGACGGAUCCAGCUCCAGGUCCUCGCCGCCCAGAACCUCCCAGCAUCCACCUCACCACUCCCCCAAGUGUUUUUUGUCAAAGCGGAGUUGCACCAGUUGGGCGAGGUGAUAGUCAAGAAGAAGACUCACGCGCUGAAGGCCUCGCGCGGCGAGUGCAGAUGGGAAAAGACGUUUUUCUUCCCCCUGGCCUCCUUGGAGCACACCUGCUCGCUGUUGGUCAAACUGUACAGUCGCAACUCUAUCAGACGGAAGCAGUGUCUCGGACAGGUUAAGCUUGGGUUCGACAGCCCUCUCCAAGAGGCCGUGGAGCACUGGAAGGACACCAUGUCUCACCCGGAGAAAGUUGUGAAAGCAUGGCACAGGCUGAGCCCCUCUUAA